GAUUGAUGAACUACUACUGCUACAUUUAGGACUCAGAUUACAGCCUUUGAGCAGCUCUAGUCUUCAGGCAUCUCUGACUUUAGUUAGUGUGUUUAUAGAGUGUUUAUAGUGUGCUAUGUGUUUAUAAGGUAGCCUAGUGGUUAGAGCGUUGGACUAGUAACUGAAAGGUUGCAAGAUCAAAUCCCUGAGCUGACAAGGUAAAAAUAUGUUGUUCUGCCCCUAAACAAGUCAGUUAACUGACUGUUCCCCGGUAGGCUGUCAUUGUAAAUAAGAAUUUGUUCUUCAACUGACUUGCCAAGUUAAAUAAAUGAUAAAUCAAAUAAAAAUGGUGUUAUAUUUAUGUUAAAAUGUGUUUAUAGCCAUAAUAGAUCACAGACUAUAUAUUUAUUAUACAUGGUUAAAACCUUUCUAUAGAGUUAGAGAUAAUAAAAUAUAAUUGUGUGUGUGUGUGUGUGUGUGUGUGUGUGUGUGUGUGGAGGUACAUGUUGAUAUUUCUCUAAAUGUGUUACAUUUCUGAAGCUGUCAGGGGGAGGGAAUGUGACAAGUCGGUUACACGGUUGACGUUCUGACUGUUUUCUCACGGGAAAAGCGCCCCAGAACCAAGGGGGCGUUUAGUGUGACUAGCUGUCGGGUCAGAACAGAUGGAGAGCACAGGAAUCUGCUUCGCUCAUUGGUUUCCAGAAUAUAGACUUCGGGGCCCUCCAAUCUAGUCCUAUGUCUAUUACUAAUAGGCUAUUUAGUAUACAAACAAAUAAAGCAAACGCUUCUUACACGUAUGAGCUAUAUUAUCUCAAAACCGUUUAAUUAAGAUACACAUUGUAGGCAAUUACACAUGAGUUUAUUGAUCUGUAUUACUCUAAUAUAUCGGUGCAAGUGGUUACUGUUUCUCACCCGCGGGGGCUGUGUGAAGUUGUUUUGAAUUUGUGCGUGUGCAUAUUUGUGUGUGAGUGAGUGGAUAUGUACUGCUCUGCAACACGACGCUGAUGUAGGCUAUCUUCAGACCUGCGCGUGCUGCCGUACUAAUAUUUAUAAGAGCUAUCGGGAUGUGGCGCCAAGAACAUCCGUGCAUGUCCACGUUAAGACGCACACACACACACACACACACACACUGAGCGAGAGACCGAGAAGUUCGUCCGCUCGGGGCGUGGUUUGGAGCGUGUCACUCAAGCGGAGGAGUCAGCUGCUGGCACGAGUCUGGGCGGGGUGACGUGUGCGGAGCUGGAGCCCAGGCAGCAGCAGAAGUUCGUUAUUAAUGUCAGGACUUCCUCCUGUCUGUUAGUCACCAGUCUACUGCCGGAGGCUCCCAACGGUUUUACACGGAUAUUCCAUCCUGUCGAAAUGAAACGGAACUUUUACGGUACAAAACAGAACUCUUGAUUCUGGUGGAUCCGUAACCUUCUUUCCAGAGACCAAGAUGUGAAUAAAUAGUCAUUUGCAGGAUUUAUUGGUGGAAUUUUGUGGUUACUGAAAGGCGGGACGUGGUCUGACCAUACUGGGGCGGAGGAGCGGUUGGUCAACCAUGCAGUGGCCAGGUUUAGCGCACUGGGUAGCGGCUGUGUUUCUCUGUAGGGUCGCCUCGGCGCAGUACACCAGCGACCAGUGCAGCUGGAGAGGAAGUGGUCUGACCCAUGAGUCUCACUCCCGUGAUGUGGAGCAGGUAUACCUGCGUUGCUCCCAGGGCAGUCUAGAGUGGCUCUAUCCUACUGGGGCCCUCAUCGUCAACCUGCGGCCCAACACGGAGCCCACGUCUGGGGCUUCCCACGGCCUGCACGCCUGCAUCAAGCCCCAGACAGACUCCCGCGGAUCACACCUCUACCUGGAGAGAGCUGGACAGCUCCGCCUGCUGAUGUCUGAGACAGAACAGGCGCAUGGCAGGGUGCAGUGUUUCUCCCUGACAGAGGGGGCGCUGUUCAUAGAGGCAGUGGGCCAGCAGGACAUCAGCAAGAGGAUCACAGUGUUUCAGUAUGAACUGGUGGCCAGCCACGGACCUGGAGCUCAUCUGUACCCACACCUCAACACUGGCACUGCCUCCUGUACACCCUGCACAGAUGACCAGAUCCUGAUGGCGGUAUGCACCAGCGACUUUGCGGGUCGUGGCAGUGUCCGUGGCGUUGACACGCCCUCGUCAUCAGACCACUCCUCCGUUGCCGUGACGCUAAGCCGCCUGUUCCAUCAGAAGAGCGGAGUGUUCUCUUGGGACGGAGCCAGAGGAAAGGGGUGGUCCGGACGUCUGAACACGCCCCUGCGGUGCCGGCUGCAGCCGAGGGAGAAGGGGGAGUUCCUGUUCACGGGGGCAGUGCGGUUCGGAGAGGCGUGGCUUGGCUGCUCCCCGCACUACCAUCACUUUCUGAGGCUCUACCGGACCGCCCUGGAGACAGGAAGUAACCCCUGUCACAUGAACAUGGACACAGACUGAGGCACGCCCCUUCCGCCCAGGUGACAACCAAUCAGGGAACAAGAUUGGGAAACAAACUCAGCGAAUCAGGGACAUAUCAGAGAGAGGGCUGGGUCGCUGGCUGGACUGACAGGGCCCUGAUCCAAUCAGAGGAGGGAGGUCGUAAAGGGGCGAAAUCUUUGAUAUGCCUGAGAGGUGAUUGGACGUGGUCCCAAGCCCUGCUAACCGAUUGGCUGAAGCUCUUACAGUUGCCUAGCAGCAAGGAUAGUUGGCCUGUGUCUGAACAGUUCUAAAGCCAUCUGUCAUCAUAGAAUGUCUUAAGACGCUGGUGUGUCUGUGUGUGUGUCUGUGUGUGUGUGUGUGUGUCUGUCUGUGUGUGUGUGUGUGUGUUGGAAAUAGAUGUAAAUAUGAUCAUUGUUGUAAUGAAAGUUUGUUUCGUGAAAAGCUUUAUGUUUACAGUUUAGAGGUUGUCUUCUGACCGAAGUGUAUAGUGGGUUCCUGCACAGCGUGUGUGUCUUAGUGUGUGUCUUAGCAUGCUCUUGUGUGUCUUAGCGUGUUCGUGUGUGUCUUAGCGUACUCUUGUGUGUGUUUGUGUGUGUGCGCUAGGGAGUGUGUGAACGUGUAUGUACUAGCCCGUGAAUGUGUGUGUGCGCUAGCGUGUGUGGUUCUGCACUAGCUUGUGUGAAGGUGUGUGUGUGUGAACUUGUGUGUGUGUGAACGUGUGUGUGUGAACGUGUGUGUGUGCGACUGUGUUAAAGUACAAUAGCACUCUGGCUCUCUGUUCUAGGGAAUAAACUAUAUUCCUGGAACAAGUCUUUA